CGAAUAUCUCGAGACUUGGCCGGCAGUCCACACAAUACUCAUACCCAUCGACACGAUACUAGUACCCAUGUCUCAGGCUCAAGCUCAAGUCUUCCCACCAUGCACAUGCACAACGCGCUCCGCCAGGCCAGCACGAAAUCACCAUCCAAGAAGAUGCCGCACAUCGCGGUCAUUGGUGCCGGCGUGGCCGGUCUCCGUUGCUCAGACGUCCUCUCCCGCAGCGGAUGCCAGGUAACCGUCUUCGAAGCACGCAGCCGCAUCGGUGGGCGCGUGCACCAAGUCGAGUCCGAGGGCCAUCUAAUGGACAUGGGACCGAACUGGAUCCACGGGACAAAAGGCAACCCGAUCAUGCACCUCGCCGAGAAGACGGGCACGAUCGUCCUGGAGCCCGAGGAAGCAGGCGGCGCGCUGAUCGACGCAGACGGCCGACGAAGACCGGACGCCGAAGCCGUCGAGUUGUCCGGUAAGAUAUGGGAGAUGGUCGUCGACGCGUUCAAGUACAGCGACGAGCACUCGGCGAGCAUCGACCCGCACACGAGUCUGUACGAGUACUUCCGUGAACAGCUGCAGCUGAGCAAAUCCAACGGCGGCAUUGGCGAGAACAAAAAGCGAGAAGAAGACCUCCUUCACGAGGCUCAAAUGUGGGGUCCCUUCGUGGGCGACUCGGUCGAGAAACAAUCCCUCAAGUUCUUCUUCCUCGAGGAAUGUAUCGAGGGAGAAAACGUCUUCGUCGCGAACACGUACCGGGACAUCCUGAACGAGAUCGGCACGACCGUCACCAACGGCGACAAAAAUAACAAAGUCACCUUGAGGCUUGACACGGAAGUCGUACACUUCGAUACGAGCACCAGCAACCCAAACCCAAACCCGAGACUACCCGACGGCAAGAAGGUGACCAUCACCACGUCGACGGGCGAGAAACCCACGUUUGACGAGGUCGUCAUCACUUGUCCGCUAGGCUGGCUGAAGCGCAACUACACCAGUGCCUUCGCACCACAUCUUCCGUCCAGACUAUCCGAGGCGAUCCAGCACAUCAACUACGGCCGUCUGGAGAAGUUGUACGUCACCUUCCCCUCAGCAUUCUGGCUUCGAGACGAGAACGGCAAUGCAAGUACGGACAAUUUCCCUCUCUUCACGCACUACCACGACCCAAAGUAUGUGGAUCAUCCAGAAGAUGAGACCUGGAACCAAUCCGUCAUGUCUCUAGCUCAUAUGCCUACGUCUUGUGCUCAUCCAACAUUACUCUUUUACGUCUACGGCGCCUGCGGGACGCACAUGGUCAACGCCGUGAAAGACCUCGAACCACAUUCACAGCAAUACAAUGAAGUCCUGACGGGAUUCUCGGAACCGUUCUACUCUCGUCUCCCAACCUAUUCGGCUUCAGAUGCAGCAUGCAAACCGACUUCCUUCCUCAUGACGAUGUGGCAGGCAGACCGCUUCGCUGGGAAUGGAAGCUACUGCAAUUUCCAGGUGGGCCUGGAACGCGGCGACGAGGACAUCGAAGUCAUGCGUGCGGCGGGCGGACUGACGGAUCAGGGGCUGUGGUUGGCAGGCGAGCACACUGCGCCUUUCAUUGCAUUGGGGACUACGACCGGAGCGUGGUGGAGUGGCGAAGGAGUGGCUAGACGGAUAUGUAAUGCUUACGGACUGACCGUGCCUGAAGAUGUAGCGGUGCCUGAGAACGGCGAGGACGUUGGCGUAAGGAAACAGCUCGAUAUUGGGAACCCGGAUGCUGCAAACCUGAAUGGGUUGGCUAUCUGAUUGUAGAGCACAUCAAGACAGCAAGCUGGGAUAUCAUCUAGACCCCCGGAUGAAUUCGCUCGUCGUCAUGAUUCACACCGACUCCAUAGGUCAAGGGCCU